AUGGAUGGAGUGAUAAAGUUACAUUAUUAUAAAUGCAAAGAAUACAAAGGUUCUGAAUGGCACAGAUGGGGCAUUGGUGUGCACGGUCCACGUCGAUGGCAACGACUACCAUCCGAUCGACGUGGUCUUGCGCCGUCCCAAAUCCGAUCACGGUCUGCAAAAGAACUCGUUGGUGUUUCAGAUGCCGAUCGUGUCCAACAAGUUUGA